CCUGCUGGGACACCCGAAAGGGCAGCCUGGUGGCGGAGCUAUCCACCAUUGAGUUCAGCCACCGAGACCCUGUGUAUGGCACCAUCUGGCUGCAGUCGAAGACGGGCACCGAGUGCUUCUCAGCAUCCACAGAUGGGCAGGUCAUGUGGUGGGACAUCCGAAAGAUGAGUGAGCCCACUGAGGUCGUGAUCAUGGACAUCACCAAAAAGGAGCAGUUGGAAAAUGCCUUGGGGGCCAUCUCCCUGGAGUUCGAAUCUACUUUGCCCACCAAGUUCAUGGUGGGGACUGAGCAGGGCAUCAUCAUCUCCUGCAACCGCAAGGCCAAGACGUCAGCUGAGAAGAUUGUGUGCACCUUCCCGGGCCAUCAUGGCCCCGUCUAUGCCCUCCAGAGAAACCCCUUCUACCCGAAGAACUUCCUGACGGUUGGUGACUGGACAGCCCGCAUCUGGUCUGAAGACAGCCGGGAAUCGUCCAUCAUGUGGACCAAGUAA